CUGGUAGUUCUAGAUUAUAUAAUUAGAAACACAGGUAUGUCAAUGUUAUUUGAAAGACUGGUAGUUCUAGAUUAUAUAAUUAGAAACACAGAUAGGGGUAACGAUAAUUGGUUAAUUAAUUACGAACCAGCAUCAGCUGAUCAGGGGGAUGAAGAAUGGAGUAUGGUGGAGAAUCCUGAGAUUAGUAUUGCUGCUAUAGAUAAUGGUCUUGCCUUUCCUUAUAAACAUCCAGAUGAAUGGAGAGCUUAUCCGUACCACUGGGCAUGGCUACCACAAGCUAAAGUGCCGUUCUCCGAUGAAAUAAAAGAAUUAGUACUGCCUCAACUUAAUGAUGUAGAUUUUGUACAAGAUUUAUGUGAUGAUUUGUUUGAAUUAUUUAAAACUGAUAAAGGUUUUGAUAGAAGAACAUUUUUCAAGCAAAUGGCUGUGAUGAGAGGACAGAUAUUGAAUUUAUCCCAAGCAUUAAAAGACGGUAAAUCACCAGUUGAAUUGGUUCAGAUGCGAGCAGUCACUGUCGAGAGGAAUAAAGGGGGCUUUGGCCGAAUACGCAGCGAUAGCGACACCUUUACACAAAGUAUUUCUAGUCGAAAUCCAUUCUUCUCUUGGUGCUGAUGAUAACUUACAUUAGGUUUGUUUGAAUUACCUCCCUUUAAAGACAAAAUUGUCCGACUACUCCUGUUUUAAUUCAAUAAUGAAUUCGAAUAUUCCAAGAGUAAGUUUGAUUUAGUUUAGAUUUUAAUACAGAGUUGAUAUAAUAAAAUUUAUCUGAUAGUUAACUUUUGAUAAACUGACAAGGAUAUACUGGAUAAUCAUGAAUAAUGACCAGCUUAUCCAGCAGAUAAGUUUAAAACUCCACAAACACAUAUCCAGUCUGGAUUAUCCAGGUAAUGUAAAAACUUACAGGGACAGACUGGAUAAUCAUAAAUAGUGACCUGCUUAUCCACAUAAGAUAAAAACUCACAAGGAUAUACUGGAUAAUCAUGAAUGAUGACCAGCUUAUUCAGAAGAUAAGGUUAGAACUCCACACCUCAUACUGUCCCAGUCUGGAUUAUCCAGGUAACGUAAAAACUUACAAGGACAGACUGGAUAAUCAUGAAUAUUGACCUGGUUAUCCACAUAAGAUAAAAGCCCACAAGGAUAGGCUGGAUAAUCAUGAAUAAUGAUCUGGUCAUCCAGAUAAUUGAAAACUUAACAAAUACAUACUGUCUCAUUCCAGUGGUUUAGAAAUUCCCUUAGAAAAACCAGCUGGCUAAGUCAGUAGUAGGCUAAUAUCUUCCAUUAACAUUGGGAUUAUGAAUGAUUAGAUCUAAAUAUUAAAGCCACCUGCAGAUUUUGUCAUGGUCAUGAGAUGUAAACAGGGCUAGCGCUAACCCUAACCCACAAUCCUCGGCAACAAUCACGUGCCCUAACCCUGUUUACAUUUAAGUGACCUUGACAAAAUCUGCAGGUGACCUUAAUAUUUAGAUCUGACAGAUUAUAAACAUACGUUUAUAUACAUAAACGCCAUUCCCGUGUUUCCUUUUGUCAGCUACAGUUAUCUACCCUUAAUAAUAGCCAGAGUUUAUAACUAUUGUAUGAUCAACUAUGAUAAAACAGAAGGCCAAGAUAUCGAACGCCAUUCCAGUAUUUCCUUAUGACAGUCUAAAAACAAAAGUACCUUGCUUGUUAUUUCCUAAUUAUCUAGUUGAUUAAUAGUUUUAAUUAAAUGUCUAGUCAUAUGUUAAAAAAGGCAUGCUAUUAUUGAAUAAUAACUGAUGCUGAAAUUGACAAAUAAAAUAAAAAAUGAAAACAUUUUAAGAUGUUGAUACAAUUGACAUUAUCUGUGGUGUCCUAAGUCCUUACCAUGUUUUUUUUGGGUUUUUUUGUCUCAUUAGAUGGCGACGAUUUUCUUCUUUUAAAGAUGCAUUAUUUAAGAUUUAGAUAAAGAGCUGACCGUUUUUGCUAUAAUAGUUUAAAAAUAGAUAAUCAGUCCUACACACAAGCCAGGUUUUGUAAAAAUCCAGGACUAUCUUUACAUGCACAUCCUAAAACAGGCCCCUGGCAUAUAACUUUACAUAAGCUUUUAAACAGGCCCCUUGACAAUCAAUUGACAAUUGGAUCUUACUGUAUAGCAGGGUUCAACCCGAGCCUCACCAAUGUUACAGCAAAGCCUUUACAAUGCAUAUUAUAUAUAAGGGCCUGGCUAUACCCUAGAUAUAUGU